AUGUCAUCUGCCUAUCACCCUCAAUCUGAUGGUCAGACAAAGGUGGUCAAUAAAAGCCUUGAGCAGUGUCUAAGAGCCUUUGCAAGAGACAAACCAAAGCAAUGGGUGGAGUGGUUACCUCUAGCUGAGUUUUGGCUUAAUACCAACUAUCAUACAGCUACUAAACUAACUCCCUUUGAAGCUCUUUAUGGGUUUCAACCACCCAAACUUUUGAAUUACAUUCCUGGUCUUACGAAGGCAGCUGUUGUUGAGGAGUAUUUACAAACUAGACAGCAGAUUUUGAGUCUUCUCAAGACUAAUUUGGUUGCUGCUCAAGACAGAAUGAAACUCCAGAAGAUUGGCCAUGUUGCUUAUAUGUUUGACUUACCCCCAACUUCAGGCAUUCACCCAGUUUUUCACAUAUCAUGCUUAAAGGCCAAGCUUGGUCAGCACAUCAAUCCUAUUCCUACAUUGCCACCAGUGGAUUCCCAAGGUCACUUAUCUCCUGAACCAAUUGCAAUUUUGCAGCAAAGACCAGUUCAGUUAAGGAAGCACAGGUCUUCUUCUUCUGAUUCUAUUCCCCCUCUUGUUCAGUUCUGUGAUAAGAAGGCUCAUCUUGGUGGUUUCACUCCCUCUCCAUCUCCUUCUCCAGAGGCUUCAGCAGAUGAUGAUGGUGAUGAUGAUGAGGAUGCUAACUCUUCCAGUGAUGAUGGGGUGAUGACCUCUCAGUGA